AUGCUUUCUAGAAAUCUUUUUAAAAUUUCCAAGAAUUUAAGUUCAGUUGUCUGUGUAGGAGGUAAACACACUUUACCAGAUCUUCCUUAUGACUAUAAUGACCUCGAACCAGUCAUUAUUACUGAAAUUAUGAAAAUUCAUCACCAAAAACAUCAUGCUACUUAUGUUAAUAAUUUGAAUCAAAUUGAGGAAAAGAUUUCUGAAGCAAAUGCCACCGGUGACAUCAAAACCGCUAUUGCUCUUCAACCAGCUCUAAAAUUUAAUGGUGGAGGACACAUUAAUCAUUCAAUUUUCUGGACAAAUUUAGCUAAAGAUGGAGGAGAGCCAUCAUCUGAAUUGAUAAAACAAAUAGAAAAGGAUUUUGGAUCUCUUGAUGCUCUUCAAAAAAAACUUUCAGCAUCAACAGUUGCCGUUCAAGGUUCUGGAUGGGGAUGGUUAGGGUAUAAUAAAGAUUUCAAAAGACUUCAAAUUGCUACAUGUGCUAACCAAGAUCCACUUGAACCAACAACAGGAUUAGUUCCAUUAUUUGGUAUUGAUGUUUGGGAACAUGCUUAUUAUCUUCAAUAUAAAAAUGUUAGACCUGAUUAUGUUAAUGCUAUUUGGAAGAUUGCUAAUUGGAAGAAUAUUUCUGAACGCUUUGCUAAUGCUCAAAAAUAA